UAGAGUUAGGCUAAUGUGUAGGGGCCUAUCGAGAGCUGUGCUUGCACUCGCCAGUGUGCGGAGAGCAAUGAGGAAAAGUUGGAUGUGCUAAAUAGUCCUGUUAUUCUAACCUGUUUCACUCAAAAUGUCUAAAGCAAAACCAAGUGUUGCUAAGGAUUUUAUUGCAGGGGGCAGUGGAGGUGUUUGCUUGACCGUGGCUGGUCAUCCUUUGGAUACAGUGAAGGUUCGCUUGCAGACGAUGCCAAAACCUGAACCUGGCCAGGCCCCCAUGUUUAAAGGCACAUUUGAUUGUUUAGCAAAAACAAUUAGAAAAGAGGGCUUCUUUGGUCUGUAUAAAGGAAUGGCUGCUCCCAUAACUGGAGUCGCACCAAUAUUUGCAGUUUGUUUCUUAGGUUUUGGUAUCGGGAAAAGAAUUCAACAGAAGCAUGACGACGAGGAGCUAACGUACUUUCAGCUGUUCAAGGCUGGCAUGCUAGCUGGUGUCUUUACUACUGUGAUAAUGGCUCCAGGGGAGAGAAUCAAAUGUCUUUUGCAGAUUCAACAAGAAGCCAAUGUUCAUGACAGAAAAUAUAAAGGUCCAGUAGACUGUGCUAAAAAGCUUUACAAGGAGGGAGGAAUCAGAAGCAUAUACAGAGGCUCAGUGGCUACUCUGCUCAGAGAUGUGCCAGCCAGUGGGAUGUACUUCACAAGUUAUGAAUGGUUACAGCAUGUCCUAACACCUGCAGGUCACGAUCGAUCAGAGAUGAGUAUAGGCAGAACACUAUUUGCAGGUGGGAUGGCAGGAAUAUUUAACUGGUCUGUAGCCAUCCCUGCAGAUGUUUUGAAAUCCAGACUUCAGACUGCACCACAUGGUACAUAUAAUGGUCUCCGUGAUGUGUUGAGCCAUAUAAUAAAAGAAGAAGGUGUGACAAGUUUAUACAAAGGUUUCACACCUAUCAUGUUGAGAGCUUUCCCAGCCAAUGCAGCUUGUUUCCUUGGUUAUGAAGCAACCAUGAAAUUUUUAAAUUGGGCAGCGCCAGGUUUAUAAAGAUAUAGUUUAGAUUUUUAUUUGUAUUAUACAUUAUUUAACAAUGUAAAAUGAUAAUAUCUCAUAUUAUUGAGAAUGUAAAAGUAUUUUUCUGUAUACUCAGCUUACAUACAUCAUUUAGCAAACUUGUUUUAUAAUUUCAAUAAACAAUUAUUUUUCUGAUAUAAAUGGGUCAUUUAUUUAUACAUAUAUUGUCGUCAUGGCCUUGCACUGUGAAAACUGGCACACUAAUUGCAGAGGACAAAAGAACAGCGCUGGCAGAAGAAAAGCGUUAGAGGCCCAAUGACAGUAGCUUCGGCUGGAAUAACCAGUCCAGUGUGCAGACGAACCUUCCGGGCACAGGAGGCUCAAAACCCCAGUGCAAAGCCCUCACUUCAGCCCCCUGGAUGACAAGUGGUCAUCACCGAAACACAAUGGACUAACUGUAUACACAUCCAUAUGUUAUGAAGCAGUUCUGUAAGGUGGUUAUAUCUGGAAGUGGUAAUGGAUAUAAGCACUCCAUUACCUAUAAAAUGCUUCAAAUGGCAAGUGCCUCAAAAAGCCUUUGACAACCAGUCCAACUCUAGGUCUUAUACAUCUUAAAAUGCAGCUAUUUUUGUACAAAAAUUGCUUUACCUUACCAUGCGUUAACCAAAGUGCAAUGUGUCUGAAGCUAUUUGCUUGGUCAGCACUAAUUGGUGAGUCCCUGUAAAGUUAGGUACCAAUGUCGCUGUCAUUGAACUAUAAUAAUAAUAAUUUAAAAAAAAAAAGGAGUUGUAUAAAUAUUAAACUGCCAAAAAGUCAUGUGUGAUUUUUUAAUGACAGAUUCUUGCUUAAGAUAAUUAUUUUAACAGGCUGUUCAUAUGCAAACUACAUUAUCACUUGUAUGCUUCUAUAUCCGUGGUGAAAGUGUGCCAACAGAUUGUGCUCCAAAUGCAGUUUCUUGGUGGAUAGAGCAAAUGAGUCUGCACAAUAUUGUCUGGCAGAAAAAUAUUUCUUUUUAAACACUGCCUUCCACUUCAAAAAGCAUUUUUCCUUCAGACCAAACUAACAAUGGCUCUUAAUUAUGAUCUGUAUGCUUUGGAGAUCGAAUGCCAUAGAAGUAAGUAUGGCUUCCUAACCAAGUUUGGCAGUACCUCAUUGCAAAUAAGGUACGGAAGCUUCCGAUUAAUGUAAUAAAAAAAAACCUAUAGCAAAUAGCUUUCAUUAUACUUGUGAUCGGCAGUCAUUUUCUUUAAUGUUUUGUUUUUGUUUGGUAUCAAGGAAACAAAAUGGUGUUAAAACAAUGCCUUGGGAUUCUUGUAACUAUGGACUUCCUGAUGACAAAUUCAUCCAUUUUACUUCUAGUAAAACUUAAAACUGCACACAGGUUGUAAAUAUAUUUUCCUUGAGACAAACCAUAAAUCAAACUGAAAAGUUUGCUGAUAAGCCAGACUUGACAUGCUAAACAGAAUAGUAGUAAAAAAAAAAAGUAAAGUUCCCCUUUCAGACAUUGUGGUCUAUAGGGCAGAUGAUGUAAAGGUCAUUAGUUUCUGGUACAGACUGGUAUUAAAUAAUUUUUUUUCUUCUCUAGGUAAUAGCAAUUAGGUUAUGAAGUAUAAAAAAAAAGAGGAUAAAUUGAAAGAUCUAGGCAUUGAUUCAUGCAAAGUAUUGGGAAAUACGACUAUCACUUAACAUUGCUUGAAGUACUGUUACCAAUAUGGUCAUACCACAGUUUGUAUAGCACUGCACUAAGUGCUAAAAAUUCCUGUCAACCUAAUGACAUCACAAUUUUCAUUUCUUUGGAUAUUCUGAUAAAAAGAAAACAAAUUGUUUUGUUUUAUAUAUGUAUAUAAUAAAUGGAGUUUAAUAUUAAUAGAACAUUUACAGGCCUCUUUCAUACACCAAUUAUCAACAAAAUCAUUUCUGACAAGUGAAACAUUUACAUAACAUAUAUUAAAAAGUAACAGUCAUACAAUACUUAUAUGUAAUAUCUAAUUGUAUUGUUGGAAAAUAAUUAAAAUAAAAAAAAUAUUUUAAUGUGAAAGAAAUGCCGCCAAGUCUGAAAUUGAAAGAAUAUGAUGGCUAGUGUCACACUGGAAACAUCCGACCUAAACAAAUAACAAUUUCUGAACAGCAGUGUGGCAAAUACCAACAAGAACUUUUACACUACAUUUAAAUUCCUAACAAAUGAGGGGGGAAAAAAACACUAUGCACUGAUAUAAUUAUGUACAGAAUAAUUUAUGUUGCUAAUGUUCUUUUAAAUUAAGUAUAAAACACUCAAUACACACUUGUGCCCAAAAUAAAACAGUCACUUCUUAGGUUAGGCUUCUAUUAAUGUUUACAUCAUAGAACACCUGUAGUAUUGAUAACUGAUACUGGUAAGCUUAUCAUGCAAGCUAGAGAGAUUUUUUUGUUUUCAUUUGCUAGCAAAAACAAACUAAAAUAAAUAGGAUUAAAAAAAAGAUAUGCUAAAAAUAUAAAGGAAAAAAAAAAGCUAAAAUUUAAAACUACUUUCCACCUGGAAGAGACCCACAGAUACGACUCUACAUUUCAUCUUGUAUGCCUCUAAUUAUAACAAUGGUAGUCACACAUUAACCCAUGAUUGCAUAAAAACAGAUUCCAUUGUUGUACAUAUCCUUGAUAUAAGUCAAAAUUAGGAUAGCACUUCUAUGGUUUAAAUCUAAAUGUUCAAUUUAAUGUUUAAAACUUAUUUGAUGAUCUUUAUUUUUUAACUACACAUUUUUUCUUAAAAGAAUCAAAUAAACUGAAAAUAAAUUGAUAAAAACUGGACCUCACUUAUCAAAACCAAAUGUAUUUAUGACCAGCAAGUAUUAUAUCCAUGUUUCCUCAAUGCCUACAUACCACCAACUAAAAAUAGGAUUACAUUGCAGGCAGACAAGAAAAAUAAUGAGUCGUUGAUAGUCAAAAGGAAAAGUAUCACAAAUAUUCUUCAUCAUCACUUCCAUUCUAGAAUGACAGUAAUACAGUGGUGUCAAGAAAAAUAGCAGCAGAUACUUCUAUCAUAGUAAGGCUGUGAAUGUUUCCUCAGACCUGCUGUUACACUUGCACAUGGUAGAACUAUUGAACUCAAGGAGAAAUACAGCACCAAUCCUAGAAAAAUAAAAUAUACAUAUUUCAAUUCAGUCAACUUUAAACUGCCUUGUAGUUUAUCCAAAAGAUGCUGGGUGGUAUUAUGUUUUUUGGACAAGUAAAUAUUCUUACCACGAAUUACAUUUUUUUUAGUCUGAACAAAGGUGUCACAGAGAAAAAAAAAGAAAAGAGGGAAUAGCUUGCCACUGUAAUAAAAGGGGAAAUAACAGCGUGUGCUGUUCUAGCCUCAGUGAACAGAAAAAUAGGAAACUUCCAUUCUAGAUCUAUCUACUAUGAACUGUGAUAAAAAUUAUAAAGGUUGCAAUCUAUUAGAAGAGUAGCAGAGUCAGUAUAACCAACAUUAUUUAGUUGUUAUUCUUAGUGGGUUUAUUUAUAAAAAGUGUUUGGAAUUUCUAUUCCUGGAUUUAUUACAUUCAUUUUAAAGUCAUGCGAAGGCUUACAUAUAUUUUGACAAUGCUAACAUAUUAAACUGAACCAAACUUGACAGUAGGCAAUGAUUUAGUUAGGCUUGGAAUACAAGAAAAAAACAAAACACAAAAUUUUGACAAAUAAUACACACACAAAAAAAGUUUGUUUUUUUUUAGGCCUGACAAAAACCAACACAUGUAUUAAGGAAGUUUAUCCUUCAAGUCUUCUGUUUAAUUUUAAAAUGUUUUUUCUUCAUUAGAUUGAUAUCAUGUUGACAAGUUAACCAAAUUCUCAAGGGCUGGUUUAAUACCAAUUAAUGGAUGCAGAGAUAGGUAAACAAACACUGUCAUGUCCACAAACAUCUAGGCCACACAGUGAUGUUUAAUAGUCAAGAACUAUUGAUG